AGGAAGACGUCAGCGGCAUCCGGCCGUCUGACGUCAGCUCGCCCCUGUUGUCCCGUUGCUAUGGUAACCGAACUUCGGCCCACCGCAGAGACGGUUCUGUUUUUAACUGAUCCGGUUCCGUGAGAAAAGAGAGAAGAUGAUGGAGAGCGACGGGAGAUUGAAAUGUCGGGACAUCCGCCUCAUUCUGCCCCGAACCAUGGCGAUGAGAUCCAAGCCGGCCCAUAGGGAUCCCCUCCAGCGCCUGGUGGACCGGAACCAGAAACUGAAGGAGAUCCGGGAUGAAGUUCUGGAGUUCACCAAUGAGUACCGGGACUGCAUCAUGAAGCUGUGGUGGCUGCAGCGCUGCGAGCGCCGCUACGUCAGAGGAGCCGUGGUGAGGGGCGUGGAGGCGGAGCUGGAGGAGCACGAGGCCAACAUCAGCCAGAAGAGAGACAGGCUCAGGCGGCUGCUGGUGGCGGAGGAGCAGCAGCUGCUGCAGCAGCUGGAGGAGAGCAAGGAGACGACGCUGGAGAGGCAGGCCAGGAUGAGGGAGCGAGUGAAGAACCUGAAGGAGCAGAGAGAGAGAGAGAGGCUGCAGCUGGUGUCCGACAAGAUGGACCAGCUGUUCACGGAGCGCUGUGAGGAGCUGCGCUGCAUCCAGAGCCGGCGCCGCGAGCAGCAGGUGACCCGGGAGCGCCGCGACCAGCUGAGGAUGCAGCAGCAGGAGCGCCUGCGGCAGCAGGAGGAGGAGGAGCUGUUCCACCGGCUGUGGGAGGCCGACCGGCAGGCCAAGGAGGAGCAGGAGGCGCAGCGGCGGCGGGAGCAGCGGCAGCAAGAUGAGGAGCAGCGGCUGAUGCUGCAGGAGCAGAUGGAGGCGGUGGAGAGCCGGCGGCAGCGGGAGAAGGAGCUGAAGGAGGAGGAGGCGCUGCUUCUGCUGGAGCAGCGGAAGAUGGAUCUCCUGCAGCAGCAGCGGGAGGAGCAGCUGCUGCAGCAGCAGCGGCGGGAGCGGCGGCAGCAGCUGGAGGAGGACCUGCGACUGAAGAUGAGGCGCCUGGCACUGGAGCAGCAGCAGGAGCUGGAGACGGACAUGAAGAUCCUGCAGCAGAUUGACAAGGAGGACACGGAGCAGCGGCAGGAGGCGGCGCAGAGGAAGGCGGAGCGUUGCGAGGAGCAGCAGAGGUACCGGCAGUAUCUGGCCGAGGAGCUGCAGAAGCAGAAGAAGGAGGAGCAGGAGACGGAGCAGCUCAUGGAGGAGAACCUGAAGGAGACGUGGAGGAAGAGGGAGGAGGAGAGCCGGCUGCGCAGGGAGGCGCGUGACCGGCUGAUGGAGGAGGUGCUGGAGACGCAGCGGCUGCAGAUCCAGACCAAACUGGAGGCCAACAAGGACAGACAGGAGCAGCUGCAGAAGGAGAAGGAGGAGGCGAAGAGACAGAGGGAGCUGGCAGCCAUGGAGGACGAGGAGGAGAGGAGGAGCCGCAGGCAGGUUGCGGUUGCGUACCAGGCAGACCUGCAGGCCCAGAUGCAGCACCAGCAGCGGCUGCGGCGCCACCAGCAGGAGCAGGAGGCCAGAGAGCAGCAGCAGGGCCUGAUCCUGGAGCAGCUCUACAACCUGAGGAAGGAGGAGCUGCUGCACAAGAUGGACGCCUGCAGCCACCCACUGAGGAGAGCGCUGCGGCCGACCGCGCAGGCCGACUGACCGAGAGCUGGACCGCAAACCAGCAGUUAACUAGUAAU